GGAUCCCUGCGCGUGCGUUCAGAGAAGGGGCACGACCUGCAUGGCGAGAAUUCCCAGGUGCACACAGCCAUCCGCCUGUCUCCAGCUGAAAAGCAAGCAGAGGCAUCGCAAGGCACCCACCAGCGUCCAGAUUUCCUGCCUCCUAGUGGAGGUGACCGCCAGGAAGAGGGGGCAGAAGAAGCAGGCCCCUUGGCGCGUCCUCCCGCCGUGGGGGAGGAUGCCUGUGCUAAAGACCAACAGCCAGCUUGGUCGCCUCCAGCAAGACUCUUUGCAGCCGUGCCCAAAGCUCAGCACCAAGAGGCCGGGGACACCCGCCCAGAGACCCCGGCUACUUCCCAGGAGAGCACUGCCUUCACAGAGAAUGCAGAGGGCCCAGGCGAGGGCGCCUUGGAAGGGAUGGCAGCAUCCUCCACCUGCUCUACCCGGAGCCUGCAUCGCUCCCUCGGUUUCGCCCACAGGAAAAGGAAGCUCCAGGCGCCAGACCCCAAGAAAGGACUGCAGGGGCGCCCACGCCGUGUGCGCUCCCAGGCGAUGAGGGCCGCCAGGGCCAGCACCAUAAGGGCUGGCGAUCGACCAGCGCGAGGAGCCGCAGCAGGGCCUUCGGCACGCGAGCCCUGCCCUAUCAAAAGAGGGACGAUGGUCUGGUUCAAGUUUCAGGAUCAUCCGUUUUGGCCGGCAGUGGUCAAGAGCGUGUGCAAAACCCAGAAGACGGCCCGGGUGCUGUUGAUUGAGGCGAACCUGCGCGGGGAACGCAGCGGCAUUCGGGUCCCUCUGCACAGGCUGAAGCACCUGGAUUGUGAGGAGAAGGAGAAACUCCUGAAGAGAGCCAGCAAGGCGUACCGGCAGAGUGUGAACUGGUGCUUGUCGCUCAUUGCCCACUACCGAGAGCGGGUGGGUCGGGGCUCUUUCGUGGGCUCCUUCCUGGACUACUACGCGGCCGACGCCAGCUACCCCAUGCGCAAAGCCAUCCAAGACGGGGACCUGGACGUCAGUUUUCCAAAGGUGAAUUAUGCAGACCUGGAAGAUUCCGAGGAGGAGACCUCGGUGGGCGCGGGCGGCAAGAGGACCUGCAAGAAGCUGCUCCCCGACCGCAUGAGGGCCGCUCGGGACCGAGCCAACCAGAAGCUGGUGGACUUCAUCGUGAAGAAGAAGGGGGCCGACCACCAUCUGCUGGACAUCGUGAAGGGCAGGAAGCAGUCCCGGUGGCUGACGUCCUUUCUGAGUGAAAGCCGGUACGUGUUCUGCAUCGAGACGUACCUGGAGGACGAGGAUCAGCUGGAUGUCGUCGUCAAGCAUCUGCAGGACAUCUACGAGCAAACGGACAAGGCCUUGCUCACUCUCAUCAGAGGUGACAAAGUGAGAUUUCUUCUGGAAGUCCUGCUGCCAGAAGCGAUCAUUUGUUCAAUCGCUGCGCUGGACGGACUCGACUACAAGGGAGCAGAAGAGAAGUACCUGCGAGGGCCACCUGUGCAUCCACGGGAGAAGGAACUGUUCGACAAGGACAUCUUGAAGGAGAUGAGGAAGAGAUCCAGGAGAGGCAGAAAGGUGGUCAGGUCUCUUCCCCAGCCCUGCACCUCCGCAGGGGCCUCCUCCUCUCCCCAACCCAUCAGGCCGCCCCUCUGUGUGAAAGGAGGCGCCUCACCCCCUCCCUAGGCAGUCCCAUAUGCUUGGCACCUUUGGAAGAGACCUUUGGAAGGUGCACUCUUCAUGGUGGAUCCAUCUCUCCCCUUGGUGGAUGCCACCUUCAGCCACAUUUCUUGUCCCCAAACCCCUCACCCGCUAUUUCUCACGACACUCCUGCCCUUCCCACUUGAUAUUUUCAUACAGGACACACACCAGCAAAGGCCCGGCCUUCAGCUACCUAGCAACACUAACCUGGGAAACCUCAUGCGUGUGCUCACACAAACAUCCCCUGGAUUUUUCCUGCGUCCAGGGACAUGUGGAUAUACAUAUGCCUUGGGCUCCUUCUUGACAUCAUCCCCGAACUUUCCCUGCUACACCUAUUUGCUUCUUGAAGUCAAAACCAAUGACAGAGAUGCUUUCUCCUGUGAUAUCAUCACCUUCUGAUACUUCUUCAAAAGCCAUUCUGGAAGUCCAGCCGAGCACAGAGUUGCUGGAUCACCAGCCCACCAUCCUCUGGGCAUGGGUGAAAUCCUGGCACCCAAGGGCCCUUUUGUCCCGUGGGAUCUUGCCCAGGAGCAUCGACUUGGUGCAUUCAUGAAAUUCCGCCUCUGGGAGCAGGGAGUGGCCCUUCUUCACAGGCGGAAGAGCAGCGGCUUCCUGAAGCACACAGGCCACAGGCCCCCUCCCAUCACUGGCAGUGACUGGAUCCUCCUCACAUGGCCAUCCAGUCCCAGGUUGAGCACUUCACAGGCCAGCCACUCCAUGGAGUGGAUGGGAGAGGAGCCCAUCCACAGAGGAUGAGUUACAGGACAGCAAGCAUUUGCUCUGGAUCCCACAGGCCCUCACACAGAGACAUUUGUCUCAAGGUGUACCCCCCGACUUCUUCACGGGCCAGCAGGCUCCCACCGCAGAAACGCAGACUGGGUCAGUCUUUCCAGGCAGCUGGCACAGUGCCAGUACCGGGACUGCCAAGUUGCAAAUGGAAGAUAGAAACAGCCUCUGCUCGGCCCUACCUGGCCAUCGUCCAAAUGUAAUUAAACACACACCCUCAAAUGAUGCGUGCAAAACCCACGGAUUCUCCUACGAACUUGAAGCAAAACGUCUUUCUGAGAAUACACGAGUCCACUUCUCCUCCAGCUGUAAGGCACGCUGCUGACGGCCAGGUCCUGUGCUAAUGGAUGUUUGGCAUUGCUGCAGAGAGAUGGCAUGUGCUGGUGCACAGGUCUCCACCUCCACUGGGGAGCUGAAGAGGGAGGAGUAGAGCCCUGAGACCUGGAAAGCCGAUGAGCACAAGAAUUUGGAGCACCGGGAACCCCCAAGCUGUCACCCUAGAAUCAGCAAUCCCCUAAUCAUUGUGAACUGGGGAGCACCUUUUUUGUCUCUGUAGGCCACAAAGACCGCCUGUAAGGGAGCCACCUCAAAAGACGUUGCUUGUCUUGGGCAGCAUCCAUCCUGUUAACUGUCCUUGCUGCAGGACCGAUGGCAAGGGCAAACUCAGAGUAGGUAAGAUCACAGCCCAUCGCAGCAGGGGAGGGAAGUGCAGUUCCUGUGUGGGUGGGAGAUGCCUUCUCCUCAGAUGAACUGCAGGGCCUGGCUAAAAUGUUCUCGUGUGAACUGGGAGAAGGCAUGUGGGGGUGGAUUUGGGGAAUGCUAAACCAAGGCAUGGUAAAGAAUAUCAUUCAGUGGAGGGGGGGACUUGUUGGCUCACAAGCACAGAGCUGUGGCAGAGUUUCUGUGACCCAGGGAGGCCUAUAGGCUGCUUAGGUGGCACUUCAAGCCUGCAGAACCAUAGCCAGUGAAGUAGAUGCCAGCAUAGGAAUUGGCCUUAGCAAUGGGGUUCAAUAUUAAGGAUGAUUUUUCAUGUGAGUCUAGAGGUCCUGUCAGUAGAUUCUUGUGAUCUUGGAGGUCAGAGCUGCAAUGACACUACCAAAACAAGGAAUGUCCUGGUGUGGUUGUGCUGGUAUCUUUGAGAAGCACCCUGUUGACUCUUUUCUGAUAGAAAAUAAAAUUAGGAUGAAUUGUCAAAGAGUGGAAAGGUCAUACACAUUCUUACAAAGUCCCAGUUCAUGAUAGAAUAAUGAAACUAAUACUCAACAUCUCUUGUGGGACCAAAGAGUAGUCAUAUGAUCAUCCCUAUGCACAAUUUACAUUAAUAGCUAAUGUAAGAAUGCUGAAGUACUACUGCAGUUUCCCCAGAGAUGAAUUCCUAUUUCUGAUUUCUUUUUUUAUUUUUUUUAGUUGUAGGUGGAUACAAUAUCUUUAUUUAUUUAUUUUUAUGUGGUGCUGAGGAUUGAACCUAGGACCUCACAAGUGCAAGGCAAGCGCUGUACCACUGAGCUACAAUCUCAGCCCCUCUUUCUGAUUUCUUAAUGCAUUGGUUAUGAAAGGAAUUAGUGGGACCUAGGUAAGUAGUUUAUUAGAUGACUAUUGAUAUCUAGAAAAUCAGAUUGAAUAAAGGAUGUUGAAAAACAACAUUUUCAACUCUAGGUUUUUAUUGCUUCUUGGAAUAAUACAUUGGUACUAUAGGUAAAUCCUUGUACCCAUAUUACUAGUUAUCUAGAAAGUCUUAAAAAUAGAGGUUAUUUCUUAUGCAAAUACUAUGUUAACACUAAAUAUAAUCAUUGUUACCAAUGUGACUAUUUUACUAUUUGUAAUUUGAACAACUGGCUAAAUAUAGGUAAUAGAAAAGUAGAUUCUUCUCAUCCAAAUUCUUGGAAUAUUAAGUUAUUACUAGAAACAGAAUCAUUCAAGUAGUAUUUACAUUAGGAUAACUAAUUUUAAUUAGAAUAUGUUGGUUCAGGACACUGACCUAAGUAAGAACUCUCUACCAGAUCAGAGGUCACAUUAGGGAGGUAGGGGGCAGAGGGAUCAGCACCAGAGAAGUGUGUGAGGUUCAUAGAGGUUGGAUUUGUGGGUACUGGCAAGGCACACUAGUGUGAUAGACAGAAUGACAUCCCCUGCUAGGAUGUCCACAUUCCCAUCCCAUGAACCUGUGAACAUAUUACCCCAUGUGGUAGAAGUGAUUUUUCAGUUAUCAUUAAGAAAUGAUCUUGGAUUAUCCAUGUGGAACUAUUAUUAUCACAAAGGUUCUUAUAAGAGGAAGGUAGGGGUCAGAGUAAUAGUAGGUAUUAUGAUGGAAGCAAAGUCAGAGUGUAAUUUACAAAUCCUACACCUUUGACUUAGAAGAUAUAAAGAGGGGCCGUGAGUCAAGAAAUGCAAGUAGUCUCUGGAAACUACAAAAGGCAAGGCAAUUGAUUCUACCUCCAGAAAGAACACAGCUCUGCUGACACUUUGAUUUUAGUCUAGCAAGAUCCAUGUUAAACUCUGACCUCUAAAACUGUAAGAGAAUAAAUUUGUGUUAUUUAAGCCACUGACUAUGUGGUGACUUGUUAUGACAAUCCUUCAGAAGCUAAUACAGCUAGUAAUAGGACAGUCUAGCUAGUAAGAACAGGAUAUAUUCUGGAAGCUUGAGUAUUUAUGGUGGGCUUUCAGGGCCAGCAAAGGCUGGGAGGAGUCAUUGGGCACUGACAUGGAAUUGGUCACUGGAGCUAACCAGGACAAGAGUCAAGAAACUGGGUUCCUAUUGACCUGGAUUUGAAUCCAAGUUCCUUCACUUAUUAGUCAUGUGACUUUGGCAAUUUAUGAUACCAUUCUGAACACUGAUUUCUUCAUCUAUGAAAUAGGAAUGAGAGUACCUUCUGAGGCACAGUCGUUAGGAAAAAUAAAUGGGACAAUUCCCAUAUGCUUGGUAUAAUGCCUGCAUGACACAUAGAUGUGCCUAAGAAAACAGAUCAAGAUACUUUGGCUUUCAGCAGCAAAAAAGAGAAAGCCCACUUCCCAGUGGUCCCAGAAAUAUGUAAGGUCUGUUAUCUCACAUCACGUGAGGUCUUGAGGCAGGAGCUCUGGGAUUAUUGUUGAGGUUGCCCUUUGAGGUCAUUAGUAGCCAGGCUCUUUCUGUCUUUCAGUUUGACAACCAUUAAUGAGCCAUGUGUGUCUUUGACUGGCUUCCUUCACAGUGAAGAGGCAAUUGCUACAGUCCUUUGUAACAUAUAGUUGUGAGUAAGGAACAAGAAUUCUUCCUCUGGCCCUUUCCCUAUGCCUCAAGUCCCCAUGCCUAAGCCAAUUGUUGGAAAGAGCGAUGGGAACCUACCUUCUAAGGCUAAAGAUGAUCUGAGACUCCCCUGAGAACCAUGGCCUUAUGAAAAAGUUAGAUACUUAGGCAAAAUUGGAGUUCUCUGAGGAAGAAAAAGAAGAGAUGUUUGGAUAGUUUAGCAUGUGUACUGCAUAUAGAAAAAAAUGGUAAAUAUUUUUCUCAGAAUUAAGAAGGAAAAUAUGGGGCUGAUUGUCUAAGAGGCAUAGAGAUGUUAACUUGAGUUCCCCUUUUCUUAUUUUUCUUCUUGGAAAUAGAGUAAGAGCUGAAUGAAACAAACCCAAAGGAAAAUUUACUAGAGAAACUCCUGUAGAAUCAAAAGAGAAUAUCAUGCACAUUUUUCCCCACAUGAAAUAUCUUUAAGGCUACAUGGGGCAAUUGUCACAGUAUGUAUUCUGAUGGUUGUGCAGCAGAAUUGCCCUGGGACCUUUUUAAAAGUAUAUUUCUGAGAGUGGGCCUAGCCCUGAAGAUUCUAAUUUGGCAGCUUGAGAAUGAUCCCAGGAAUGUGAAUUUUUAUUAAGCUACUCCAAGUAAGUCUGAAGCACCAGAUAAAUUGAGAAGUACUGUCACCUCUUACCAAAACUGACAGAUCCAAAGGUAGAGGAACUGCUGUUCUCCUUUCUGUCAUUCAUUACCCUAUAGGCUCUCUCAACAUGAAGUAUAUUGGCAAGUUCUUGAAUGUUGGCAUCAGUUCCAUUUCCCCCAGCUCCCACCUGCAGCCCAGCACAGGCACUUCAUUGGCAAACUCUUUCAGGUAUCUCUUUAAAUUCUGGCAAUGAAAAACCUGGUAGGGGGCCAAAGUGAAGCAUGAAUUCAGAAGGAAAAACAGGAGGCAUCAGGAGAGACACAGUUGGUAACAUGUUAUGUUGACACUUGAAUAUGGAGAAAACGGAUUGCCUUGGACACCAAGUAAAAGAGAGAUCCAACUUGAAAUCAAUCACAGAAGAAUUUAUUCAAAGGGCAGAUUUUUAAUGGAUGUGAAAUUUGAUCUCUUUGUGUUCAAGUUAAUAAGAAUAAAUGUGGAAUAAAAGAAAGUUGAUACACCUAUUUGACUAUCACUUAGAUAUGGAACAAAUAUAGAGCAAUGAACUUAUUACAAUCCCCAUUUAAGUAUUAACUGACUUAAAACUUUGCCAUGUAACCAAAGAAUUCCAAAUAUAUUUUUUUCUAAAAUUUAUCAAAUAUUUAAAGUUACUAAACAAUAUGUAACUUUAAACAUUUGAAAAUUUCUAGACCAGAUGACCCCACAUGACCUUCUAAUAUUUUUCUCUUUCUCUCCCCUCUAUCCAGAGUUCUCAGCAUUCCUUACUGCCCCUUUCACACUACACAACCCUAUCCACUGUCAGCAUCACUCUAGCUGUAUCCCCCCCUUCCAGUGUCUGUCACUUUGGGCCUUUUCUAGAGGCCCAGAAGUAAAUAAUAACAAUAAUAAUAACACAUGAGAUCAUCAUGCUAUGAAAAUUCACAAUUCUGUUUUAUGUUAAUAUUUAAACAAUAUUUUUAAUACUCAACAUUUAUACUUAGACCCAUCUUUGAUUUCAAAGCUCCAAUAAGAUUUAACCCUGGAUUUCCUCUAAAUUAUAGCAGAGAAAGAUAGAGUUGCAAUGGUGUCUUACCCCCACAGUAUCCUAUUCAAUCCUAGGCAAAGAGGAGGACCCCAACAUUUCUUAAUCACAUCCCAGGGUGAGAAGGGAUGUUAAAUGUUCCUUGGUGGUGGUUCAUACAAGCAACGGCAUCAUUGAGCACGCCCAUUCAUUUAUAGGCUCUUUCUCCAGAGUGAAUACUCUGCUGCUAAACCAAGGCUGUGGAUUCACUGAAGGAAUUGCAACAUUCAUACGACUGUUCUGUGGAAUGAGUUUUCUGAUGAUGCAUAAGGGAUGAAUUCCGGCUGAAGGCCUUCUCACAUUGUUUACAUGUAUAAGGUUUGUCUCCAGUGUGUGUCCUUGGGUGCUUUGUAAGGUGUGAGCUCUGGCUGAAGGCCUUCCCACAUUCUUUGCAUUUGUGGGGUUUCUCUCCACUGUAAAUUCCUCGAUGUUCGAUAAGGUGUGCACUUCUGCUAAAGGCUUUUCCACAUUCUACACAUUCAUAAGGCUUCUCCCCUGUGUGUGUUCUUUGAUGGUGAAUGAGCCCUGAGGGGCCACUAAAGGCUUUUCCAUAUUCAUCACAUCUGUAGGGUUUCUCACCAGUAUGGACAAAGAAAUGCCUAGAGAGGGACGAGGUGUCUGUGAAGGCCUUGCCACAUGCAUCACAUUUGUAGGGCCUCUCCCAGUGUGGGUCCUGCGGUGCUAGGUCAGGUGCGUGCUUCUGUGGAAGGCCUUCCCACACUCGCCACACUUGUAGGGCUUCUCCCCAGUGUAGAUGUGCAUGUGCUGGGUCAGGUGCAUGCUCUUGGUGAAGGCCUUCCCACACUCGUGGCACUUGUAGGGCUUCUCGCCCGUAUGAGUCCUCAGAUGCUGGUUAAGGGAUGAGCUCUUGCUGAAGGCCUUCUCACACUCUGAACAGCCAUAGGGCUUCUCUCUGGUGUGGAUGCGUUGGUGGUCAAUGAGAGAUGAGCUCUGAGUAAAUGCUUUGCCACAUUCAUUGCACUCAUAUAGCUUCUCCCCGCUGUGGGUGCAAAGGUGCUUUGUCAGGUGUAUGCCCUGGCCAAAGGCUUUGCCACACUCUUUGCACCAGAAGGGCUUCUCUUCGUGUGAGCUGUCUGGUGGUGGAUGAGCAACGAGCUCUGGCUGAAGGCCUUCUCACACUCACUGCACUGAAAAGGCGUUUCCCCCAUGUGAAACCUCAGGUGUUUGAUCAGGGAUGAGCUCUGGCUGAAGGCCUUCCCGCACUUGGGACAGGAGUAUGGUUUCUCUCCCGUGUGAAUUCUCUUAUGCUGUACGAGUCCUGAGAGGCCGCUGAAGCCUUUCCCACAGUCAGGACACUUAUAGGGCUUCUCUCCCCUGUGAAUCAGCAUAUGAUGACUGAGGGAAGAGGCAUCUGUAAAGGCCUUCCUGCACUCCUGGCACUCAUAGGGCCUCUCUCCCGUGUGGGUCCUGUGGUACUGGGUCAGGUGUGUGCUUCUGCGGAAAGUGUUCCCACACUCGCCACACUCGGAGGGCUUCUCCUCGUUGUGGAUGCGCAUGUGCUGGGUGAGGUGGGUGCUCUUGGUGAAGGUCUUCCCGCACUCAUGGCACUCAUAGGGCUUAUUGCCUGUGUGGAUUCUCUGGUGAUCACUGAGCGAAGAGCUCUGGCUGAAGGCCUUUCCACACUCACUACAUUUAAAGGGUUUCUCUCCUGUGUGAGACCUCUGAUGCUUUGUAAGUGAAGAGCUCUGGUUGAAGGCCUUCCCACAGUCCUUGCAUGUAAAGGGUUUGUCUCUAGUGUGACUUUCCUGAAGGUCAAACAAGGUGGAAUGGUCCCAGAAGGAGUUUCCUUGUUGGGUACACUGCCACGGUUUCUUAUCCAUACAGAAGCCCUGCUAAGUAAUCAGGUCUAAAUUUGGGCCUAGGCUCCCUACAUGUGUGUCACCUGUGCCAAGACUUUUUCAUGUAGGGAUCCCUGGCUGUGAAACAGGAGCUGACUGGAGGCUGAAGCUUCCUUGGAAAUCACUGCAUUCAUUGGGAAUGUCCUCCCUGGAAUUUCUCUUGUGCAUUAUUGCUGUUUGGGAGAUCUCUCCAAGUGGCCCUCAGUCCUCCAUGCCUCAUACAACAUAGAGUCCUAGGGACUGUUCCCUGUCAUUCUAUUUAUCAGUGUUCCCUGGAAUAAGCCUCCUUCAGAAAUGUUCUGCUGGAAGGUUGAUUCCUUAGCCUCAGGUCUGGUUCCCCAAUCUGAAAGAAAAUACAAAACAGGGAGUUCGACCAGUGUCAUGUGAUAGAAAACCUAGCCCCUAAGGCAUUCAUGGUGUCAACAACCCUCACAGUUGGCUCUGCUGUUUCAACACAGGAUGAGAUGAAGGAGAGAUGGACAGGAAAGCAGAUAAGCAGGUGACACAAGUGGUGCAUGAGAAAUGAACACCCAGAAGGGUCUGGAAAGGACAGAGGGAAGCUGGGAAAGAGAGGCACAGGAAAGGUGGCAGAGAAGGAUGGAAGAUAAUGAGGAACAACAGAUGAUGAUCCAAGGGCUCAUUCUGGGACUGGAAGACAUGACAAAGUCCCUUCUGCAUUGUUGUCUCCAUAUGCUUGGAUUAUCUAAUGGCCUCUUGGAAAGGUACCUUCAUUCCAUUCCAAUCAAUCCUGCAUAUUGUCAGGGUAGAAAACUAAAAAUUCAGAUGCAGGAGUAGAAUUUAUAUGCCUUAUUCUAGUUGAUAGUUACCUUUUUCUGACAAAGGAGAAUACAGAAGGCAGAAAGAUGCUGUGGUUUUGCUGAUAAAGAUUGUGAACAUGGUUCAUAAUGGUAGAACGGUGAUCUCUUUGCAAAGGCUAAAGAGCUCAUCUCAGAAUUACUUUUGAAAUAUUUUUUACAGGAGAUUCAUCAAAUUGAUGAAUAAAUUAUUUUGAAGGGACUCAAGAAAAAAACACACUGAUAAGUAAAACACUAUGGUAGACAAGAUUUGUGACACAGAGAAAUACUGUCCAGUUAUUUUCAAAUGACAAGAUAGGAUGAGCAGUUCAAGAUUAAGUCUCCAGCUGCCUCUAUACUAAUACAUAGAGUAAGGGGACAAUGAUAAAUUGAAAUUGUUCACAUAAAUGGGUUUGACAGAGACUGUACUUUGCUCAGAAGGAUUCAGAAACAGAUUGUGGCAACAGAAUGUAGACCCAAGAGAUGUGAAAGUGACAGAAACAUCAGAAGAAAGUUGCCAACUUAAUUUUGAAUUACUAAUAGUGGGGAAAGGGAACAAACUUCAUAACUGCAUACAGUCAAGCCCUCUGCUCCUAACACCAGCUUCAUAGGCCUUCCAUGAUACUACCCUAUACUCCAGCCUCUGAAAGUGAGCUUUGUCUCUUAGGAACUACCAAACCCUAUGUAACUCUCUUCUAAGUCACAUCACUGCCUAUGUAGAAGCUGUGUUAGAUUCCAAUCUGUAACCCCACAAAAUUUAAGCAUGUAAAAGUGCUUAAUAAAUUUUUGAAUGAGCAAAAAUGUUUUGAGAAACUAAUUAAGAGAUCUAAAAAGGAAACUGCUGCCUGAGGAAUGGGAGAGACUAUAGUAUAGAAUUCUUACUCUAUAGCAGUGAAUAUCCCCAUGAAAAUGGGGGCCACAUACCUAGGGAUUCAGUUUGGCUACACUGGAGGUGUUCUUAUGAACAAUGCUGUAACAAACACGUGUGCAAAGAAAGAAAAGAACAGCACACCAGUAACAUUAAAUGUGGCAUGUGGCUUACUUUCUCUUCCUUGGCCACCAAGAUAUUAUUCCCUCCUGGUUUUUGCCCCACCUCCCCAGCAGCUCCUUUUCAGUCUAUUUUGAUGAUUUCCUAUUAGACCAACCUAUACUUCCUCUUACCCUCUGUCUCAUGGAGUUGUGUACACAAAUACAUACACACUGACUUCUCCCAAAUUUAUCUCUCCAUUCUGUCAUUGAGCAAAAGACUUGUGUAUGUUUUUCUAUUUGUAUAUCUAAUUAGACAUCCCAAACUUAACAUGGUCAAAAACAAAAACCUUGGGGCUGGGGCUGUGGCUCAGUGGUAGAGCACUCGCCUAGCACGUGUGAGGCCCUGGGUUGGAUCCUCAGCACCACAUAGAAAUAAAUAAAUAAAGGUAUUGUGUCCAACUACAACUAAAAACUAAAUAUUAAAAAAAAACUUUUCUAAUCCUCAAAUCUAUGUCUCCCACAUCUUCCCCAUCUCAGUUAUGUCAACUGUAUCCUUCCAGUAGCUCAGAUCAAAAAACCCACCAGCAAAUCUACUAACUCUAAUUUCAGAAUCUGACUGCCUUUAAUUACCUCCAGUGCUACCUCCCUGAUCCAAGUCACAAUCACCUUUCUCUUGGAAUAUUUCAGUAACAUCCAAACUGGUGGCCCUGCUUUUGUUUUACCCCAGCCAUAUCCCCAACAACCCCCCAACACACACUGACACAUCUUCCUUAUGGCAGACCAAGUGAUCCCAUUACAACAUCAUGGCAAAUCAAUCACUGGUAUACUCAGAACACUCCAGCAGCUUGUGCUCAGCCCUGACUGAAAGACCAGGUCUUUCCAAUGUUGCUCAAAGUUCAUGACAUUAUGGCCCUCAUCUCCUUCUGUCUCACCUAUGCUCCCUCUUCCAGUCCCACUGGACUCACCUGAUUUACUCUAAAACAUCAGAUGCCCUCCUUCUUCAGAGCCUUUGCCCGGAACCUUCUGCAAGAUAGGUUUUUGUUGUUGUUGUUCUUGUUAAAAUGCUGCUAUGACCCAGUUUUUGAGGUCCUGUCCAGGGACAGGAAAGUACCCUUGUUGAGUAGCUGGUUAAGUUCACAGUCCAACCACUUCUCUUAUCAAGCUCUCACAUUCCAGACCACUAUGCUCCUCCCCUAAUUGUCCUGAUGCCAGGAACCAGAUAACUAGGGAGAGCUCUUAUGCCCUGGAACCUGAGAAAUUAUUCAAAUUAGCCAAUCUGCAGAGAACCCACAAAACCUAGCCACCCCAGCCCCACUUGCCAUCAACAUGUUGCCCCUAGAGCUCCAGCUUACUGUUACACUGUCCCCAGGCUUUAUGUUCUGUGUAGCCGUGCAUGGCAGCUUUCUCUUGUUAGGAUCCAUAAAAACAAGGAGUUCUAACAUUUGUCUGGGCCAAUAUCGUACCAUCAAAAGAAUCUUUAAGUCCUGAUACAACACUGUUUCCUUGGAAAGGUCCAUCAUUUGCUCUAUUAACCCCUUCAGAUAUUUUCUUGCUGAGGUUUUCUCUGACUGCACACCCCCCUCAUGCUUGGCACCCCAUCUCUUCUCCCUGCUUGACUUUUCUUGACCAUUUGCCAGGUCUCAUGUAUGCAUUAUUUCAAUUGUCUUUUCCUCUUGGGACAUCAUUUCUGUGGGAAAAAGGGUUUUGCCUCACAUUACAUGUUCAACAAAUGCUUCUUGAAUGAGAGUGAGUGAAUGCAUGAGUGGAUGAAAUGGUAAGAGGAAACUAGAGAAAUACCAGGAAUAGUAAAGUUUCAAGUGACUGGCAAACACACAUACACAUACACACACAAACACACACACAAACACUCUCUCUCUCUCUCUCUCUCUCUCUCUC